AGUUGAUUGACAGCAGUGCAGCAAAUUAGAUCACAUUUUUAUUAUUUUAUUUUCUCAGUUUUACAAAUUUGUUACAGACUUUCAAAAAUGUUGCAUUUAUAUACAUUAUAUAACUAUAUAUUUGAAAUCAGACAAUGAUCUCUAAUAUUGUGGGUGGGCCCAGGUCCACUCUGGCCCAUCUGUGGCUACGCCCUUGAUUCCUUCAUUUAAUCAUUUUAAAUGAAUCUGUCUUUAAUAUUGUACAUAUCCUAGCCCUUAUAUACCUUAUAUAUAUGCUAAUUAGCAGUCAAGAGAGAACUGUACAGUAAAUUAAAGCUCAUAAUGAUUGCAACUUACAAGUUAAUUCAUUUAUGAACUAUGAAUGAAAUAUUGUUUUGCUCUGCGUAUGUCUGAGAGUGGCUGUUUCAGUGUGACAAUAAAAGCCUUCUGUAGCUCACAAAUCUUGCUGAAAUACAGGAUUAAAAUUUGACAUGUGACACAUCCCACAAUGUUAGUGUUAAGGACAUGAAUGACACCUCAAAUCAUGCGGCUUGUGAAGAGGGAUGUGGAAUUACUUUGCUAAAUCAUGGAAACUGGAACUUUUUUCUGGACAAUAAAAACAUGUGAGAAAAUUCCAUAGACUAACACUGAAGGAGGGACUUGAGCCAUUACAUUUCAUAAUAUUAUGCCAUCAUAAUCACACAAGUCCUCUUAGUUAAAGGUUCAGACUAAGACUAAACUAUUUAAUACUGUUUGUCAUUGUGCAACUAUGAAAUGAACUAUGUGUUUGUUAUGCCACAUUUUUGUUAAGAUAGGUGUGUAUCCAUUGCUAUUUUACAAACCUGUCCUUUGUGUAUUUAACCUGUUUGUUCAGUCAUUCGAGGGUAAGGCCAACAGAUGUUAAAACAGGCAGUGAAUAGCUUUAAGAUCUCUGCUGAGCCGUUUGUGGUCGAAACAACGCUUUACACUUUGAUAAUCACCUUUGAUGAGAGGCUGCAACUGCACAAUGCAAGUGUCGUGGAACUUCAGAUUUGGAAUAGUCAUUCUUGGAGACUCGGCUGUAGGAAAGUCUUCUCUUCUGCAUCGCUUUACUGAAGGGACAUUUGAUGAAUCCAGACAGUCUCCACUGGGAAUUGAUUUCAAGGUGCAUAAUAUGAACUUUGAUCCUGAUAUUGUGAUCAAACUGCUUCUUUGGGACACUGCAGGUCAGGAGAGAUUCAGGUCCAUUUGUAAAUCUUACAUGAGGAAUUCUGUGGGCUGCAUUCUGAUGUUUGAUGUCUCUCAGCGACUGACGUUUGAUCGUGUCGCCAGCUGGCACCAGGAAGUUUUGGACUAUGUGAAACCAAACCCAAUGUUCUUUCUGCUCGUAGGCCAUAAAUGUGACCUGGCUGUGGGACGACAGGUUAGAAAGAGCGAAGGAGAAGCGCUGGCUAAAAAACUCAACAUGGUGGCGUAUCUUGAGGUGUCUACAAAAGAGAAUAUUAAUGUUAGAGAAGUGUUUGAAACUUUAACCAGAGGUAUAUUUGACCUCUUCCAGCAAGGCAAAAUACGUACCCGGGAUGACUGGCAUGGGUUAACGGUUGGGGCGGCUGUUAAAAAAGAGCCACCAGAGACCAAAAAGUCUGCAUGCUGCAAUUGUGGAUGAAUUUAAAGACUCAACCAAACCUUCCUAGACAAGCACUAUUAAUGGAUAAUAUGAUGCAACAAAUUGUUCUACCAAAGUAUUUUCGCACAUGUAUAGGCUUUUAGUUCACCCAAACAAUUACAAUUCUGUCACCGGAGAUGUUAGGAAAAAAAACACAGUAUGCAAUCAAAGUGAAUGGUGACUGAGACUAACAUAAUGCCUAACGUGGGUGAAUAAUGACUUCAGUAUAAAGAACAGACUACCAAUUGCACACAUGGCCAUUAUUCCCACAGAGUCUCUGUAUCUGUUUCUGACUAUUUCUAGUGUGUGUGGUUCAGAUUGUGGCAUAAUAAGAGGAAACUGCAAUUGCACACCUGCUCAGAGGAACUAAAACUGAAUUCAGACAUUUUUGUAGGUUUUUUUUUUUUUUUUGACAAAACAUCAGGUGCAGAUCAACUGACUGAAAUUUCAAACCUGUUCAAAUGAGAGAAAUACAAUGUGUAUUCACUGUUAUUGCUCACAAUGCCACUCAUUGUUUAAUGAGAUACUUUUACGAUUAUUUCACUAUACACCUAAACAUAUUGCCUUGUACAAUCAUAAACUGGCUAUAGGUGCACAAGAUGGCACCGGUGAGCUUUCGCCACAUGAGUGUGUGCAAGUUUUUAAACUGAGUGAGACCACGGUGUGAGCAGAUACAUUUUAUGAACGAACAGUAGGGUAAUUAACAAUGAACAAUAGUAUAUUUAAAUGAAACAUUAAGCUAGAUAAAUUGAUCUUACCAAAUCUGUAUCCAAAUCUUGCAUUAUUUAGGCUGUUGAUGUUUACAGAAACAUAGAUGAGAUAUGCCUACAGCUGUUUCUGAUGUUUAUUUUUAUGGUUAUGGUUUCUACCUUCAUAGGCAUAGAUUUAACUGCAUACUGUAACGUGUUGAAAUGUUGUUUAUUGUUAUAAUCUACCUGUUAAGAGAAAACGUUGUGUCAUACAUUUGACGGGCUUGUGAUGUCUUGUUUCUGAAUGUUUUGUGCAAGGGGGAAAAUGGGUUCACUGUUGUUUCAAGUGUGGUUUUCCAAACAAUUACAGAGUGUACGGCGUGGCUGUGGCCGACAACAGCCUUAA